AUGCUGAUCCCUCUCUUAACCUCACCAGGAACUAUUGCCCGUUGUCAGCAGCAGGGUCUCCGAUACGUAGUAGCAUGGGCACCCAAGGACGGCAUCUUUCAAUCGCUUUCGGAUCAAUUGGCUCACCAAAACAGUAACCAGCGGGGACAAGGACAGACCGCCAAUUACUCUACGCGUGCCAGAGCUGCACAGUCGCCAGCAUUACAGAGCGCAGGAAGUUCAACCCUUUUCGAUCUGAAUAGCAACCACACUACCACUACCACGAGCAGCGUUCAUGGCAACAGUAUCCGUGCACUGAGCACCGGAGCCACCGCUAGUCCAGCAGCAACAGCAACGAGUAACGUUAACAACGGCACUAGCACUAGCAGCAAUGGACCCAAGACAGGAACUUUUACAGCCACCUCGCCAGUGCGCCAACGCAGACCCAACUAUAUCCGGGACUUUGAGGUCCCUGCAGACAUGUCGAGGCUGCCCCCCAAGUUUGGCGACAACCAGCAUAUCGACAUUGACGAGGAAAUGUGGCAGCAGCUCAAAUCUGUGGUUGAUACGAUUCAUCACAAGGCACCGAUCCGCUAUGCGUUUGCUUAUGGCUCCGGAGUUUUUGCCCAAAAAGGGUACGACGGCAAGGAAAAGCCAAUGGUCGACUUUAUUUUCGGAGUGUCACACCCACAGCACUGGCACUCGCUUAACCUGCAGGCAAAUCCACACCACUACUCCAUGCUGGGCAAGUUUGGAAGCAAGGCCGUCGCCAUGACACAGGAGCGUUUCGGUGCAGGAGUAUACUUCAACCCCUUUGUCGAAGUAAACGGCAUGAUGAUCAAGUAUGGAGUUGUGUCAAUUGAUACCCUUUGUAAUGACCUGCUGAACUGGGACACCAUGUACCUGUCUGGACGCCUUCACAAGCCCGUCAAGAUUCUGCUGGAUGAUCCAAGGACAAGGCUGUCAAACCAAGUCAACCUCUUCAACGCCACCCGUGUAGCACUCCUCUCCCUCCCCGCGAAAUUCACAUCCGAGGAACUCUUCACCAAAAUCGCAGGAUUAUCUUACCUAGGCGACUUCCGGAUGAGCAUUGGCGAGAACCCUCACAAGGUGCAAAACAUUGUCAAUGCCCAGAUAUCCCAGUUCCAUCGACUCUACGACCCCCUCCUCGCCAACCUCAGUAACGUUACGACGUUGCGGGAGGGCCAUCUGGAGCAAGAUGUUUCACCUUUGGUGCGAUCUAGGACAUUCCAAAAGUUACCGCCAAAGCUGAAGCAGGGGACGUUGUACAGGUACCACUCUGCGCUCUCGAAGGCAGGCGUGCAGAUUGUGAAGGAGGACGAGCAGGAGAUCCAGUCGGUUGCGACGGCACCAGCUUUGGACAAGUAUUUGGCGAGCACUGUGCAUUCUAUUGUCCAGAUCCCGGCGUUUAGUCAGUCGGUCAAAGGGAUUGCGACGGCGGGUGUGAUCAAGACAGGAAAGUAUGGGUUGGAGAAGUUGGGCAAGUGGUGGAGUCGUUCCAAGUAA